CAGUAGACUGGGAAACCAGAUCUCCUUGGAUAGAAUUGAUGACAGAUGUGCGAGAGCACUACUCAUAUGCGCACUUGUUUACUCGAAUGACUGCGCUGCUCACCUCAUUAUCAUCAGCCCCACAUCAUCUCAAUCACCUGAAGUUCCGGUUCCAAUCCGUUACGUCUCCCUGCAGCCGUUCCACCUUCAACAGGUACACGAAUUAUUAGCUAGAGUGUUUUGGGAUGGAAUUGAUAUUAGCGACUUGCUUCAGUCUUCUCCCGAGCGUUGCUCAGUGAUCGCCAUGUAUGGCAAAAUUGUCAUCGGCGUGGCUCUUUUGAGCUCGCCUCAGGAAGCGUAUAUCACACCUUAUGAUCUUCAUCUCUGCAGUACUAUGCUGUAUCACCUGAUCAUGCUCAAUCCGCACAGAGAUAUCACACUUCACGUAGCUGCUAAUAAUCCAGCGAUGUUGCUGUACAACAGAUUUGGGUUCAAGGCUGAGGAGUUCAUCGCAGGAUUUUACGAAGAUUACCUGGACUCUCAGUCAAGGGCAUCUAUGAAUGCCUUCAGAUUGCGUCUUCGACGAUGACAACACGAUUUUCAGAUUGGCACUGAUCUAAUCACCAGAACGACAGGGACCUGCUGGUCCAGUACUCCCGGGGGUACUUUGUCGGGAAUAGUUAUAUCCGCCAAAGUCAAGGUGUUGAUAUGCGCCCGGCGUAUCAAUCGCGAUGUUCCAUCACUAGGGACCAGGCACAACCGCAAUGCUAGGGAGUCAACCAUAACAUAUUAAUCCGAAUGUCAUGAAUAGCAAAUAUGAAUGUAUGUU